AUGGUUCACAAAGCAGAAUUUUUACCUUCGACUGGUAACUCGAUAUCUUCCAUAUUACAAGGUGGCUACAACCAUCCUUUAUCGCGAGAAUGGCAGCAAGAACGUCAGUUGACCAAGAACAUGUUUAUUUUCCCAUUAUUCAUUUCAGACAUGCCAGAUGACGAAACUGAUAUUCCCUCAUUACCUAAUAUCAAGAGAUUUGGAGUUAACAAAUUGGUUCCAUACGUUGACUCGCUUGUGAAAAAGGGAUUGAGAGCAGUAAUUCUUUUUGGAGUACCUUUGAAAGAGGGUGUUAAGGACUCUGUAGGUACGGCAGCAGAUGACCCUGAAGGACCAGUGAUUACAAGUAUCAAGUUAUUAAGAGAGAAGUUUCCCGACUUGUUUAUAAUGUGUGACGUGUGUUUGUGUGAAUAUACUGAUCACGGACAUUGUGGAAUCUUGAAUGAAGAUGGAUCGUUGAAUAGAGAACCUUCUGUGCGAAGAAUUGCUGCCGUUGCUGUCAAUUAUGCCAAAGCAGGUGCCCACUCAGUAGCACCUUCAGAUAUGAUGGACGGUAGAAUUAAGGAUAUCAAAACAGGUUUAAUGGAUGCAGGACUUGCACACAAAUGUCUUGUUAUGUCGUAUGCAGCAAAAUUUUCAGGAAACUUGUACGGACCAUUCCGUGACGCUGCUGGUUCAGCACCAAGUCAUGGCGAUAGAAAAGCAUAUCAAUUGCCUCCAGCAGGUGCCGGUUUAGCGAGAAGAGCAUUGUUGAGAGAUAUCGAAGAGGGAGCAGAUGCUAUAAUGGUUAAACCUUCAACAUUCUAUUUGGAUAUUGUUAGUGAUGCUAGUAAACUAUGUGGCGAUUACCCACUCUGUGCUUACCACGUGAGUGGUGAAUAUGCCAUGUUGCAUGCAGCUGCCGAAAAGGGAGUGGUGGAUUUGAAAGGCAUUGCUUUUGAAGCACACCAGGGACUUGUCAGAGCAGGUGCUAGACUCAUAAUCAGUUAUUUCACCCCUGAAUUCUUGGAAUGGUUGGACAUCUAA